CCUCCCGUGUCCGGAGUGAGUUGGGUCCAGCGACUCCGCACCCAAUCCAUGGCAGGACCUAGAAAAGUACCGUUUGUCACACUGUCGGCCUUUGCCACGGUACCAGCCCCUGAGCCCAAGAAACGUCGAAAGGAGGACGAAAUCGAGACCACUUUAGAACAUGGAAAGCCUGGUACCGCAGAGACUGGGGCAGGAGGAGGUGGCGGCGCUCUCUUUGGUAACGUUAAAGUUGGCGGGGGAGACACCGGGGAACCUAGUGGGAUCACGGUACGACUAAACCUCUGUCUGUCCGAGCCCAGCGACCAGGCGUCCGCCGAGUUCAGCUACAGCGAGCUGGUCCAGUCUCGCCAGGUGAAGAGGCACCCCCCACAGGGGCUGACACCUGCCUGUGACCCCAAUGACCCUUUAGCGGACGAGCAGAGGGAGAGACGGGAAGUUGAAGCUCUUGCCAGGAAAUUCGAAAGCAAAUAUGGUAACAGUGUGAAGAAGAAGAGGAAGGACAGGAUGCAGGAUUUGAUUGACAUUGGCUUUGGCUACGAUGAGAGCGACUCCUUCAUCGAUAACUCGGAAGCUUAUGACGAGCUGGUCCCAGCAUCUCUGAAUACCAAGCUGGGGGGGUUCUACAUCAACACGGGCACCCUGCACUUCCGCGCCGCGUCCGAAUCCGAGGGAGAGGAGGGGGGCAAGGCGGAGAAACUGCACAAGAGAAUGAAAGAUGGAGAAGAGCGAGUGAUUAAGAAGAGGAAGAAAAAAGAAGGAGUGAGUUUGGAGGAGAAGAAACCUAAGAAGAACCGACCACCAAAGCCUGGAGCGCUGGGUCUGAGCUCCCAUCGCCCGGAGAAGAAGAAGCGGAAGAAACUGAUGAAGGAUUCGCUGCACCUGGCCGCCAUCCUCCGCCGCUUCACCCCGGAGAGCGCCGAACACCGCAAGAAGAACCUCUCUACCGCCAACUCCCGAGGCCCCGCCCACCCCGCCCCGCCCCCCGGCGUAGCCACGCCACACGGUCCGCGCCCCGCCUUUGGCCCCGCGCACGCUGACAUCUCCAUGUCCGAACUCACGGCCGACCCCGCGGUGAUGUCGCUCCUGGGCUCGGCCAAUGAGAGCGAGAUGCUGCAGGACCUGAUGGGCGAGCUGGACUUCGGCGUCCUGGACUCGCCCCAGGCCUGCAGCCCUGCCCAGGGGGAGAAUGGCCUGGUGGGGGCGGGGGCAGGGCAGAAAGCUGGGUCGGGGGUAUUGGGGAAGGCCCAGGCGACAAGCCUCCUGGUACCUCCGCCCCUCCCUGACAAUCUGCCUGCCCCCCUCCUAAAACGCAUAGAUGACCUACGCCUGGCAUCCCGCCAGUUCGACCAAGAGGGGAGGAAGAAGUUCUUCACUCUGGACAUGAACAGCAUCCUGCUGGACAUUGAGCUGCAGGUGCAGGAGCAGCCGGCUGCUGUGCGCUCUGCAGUGUACUCACACCUGGAGGCCUUCGUUCCGUGCAACAAGGAGGUGCUCCUCAAACGUCUCAAAAAGCUCAGCCUCAAUGUGCAGGACGACCGGCUGCGAGCGCCUCUUCUGAAGCUGAAGCUGGCCGUGUGCAGUGUGAUGCCGGAGCAGAUCACCAGAUACAACAUGGACUGCAUCGCCAGGGUGGCCAAGCAACAGUCUGAGGAGGUGGAGAAAAACGGUUCUGAGGAAGACGAUGAAGAGAAGCCCGGAAAGAGAGUGAUGGGCCCGCGCAAGAAAUUCCUCUGGGACGACAAACUGCGGACUCUGCUGUGCAGCGUGGUGCGGGUAAAGCUGGGCUGCUACGAGCUGGAGUCGCAGUGCUCUCUGUCUGUGGAGGACUAUCUCAAAGCCUUCCUGGAGACCGAGGUCAAGCCGCUCUGGCCCAAGGGCUGGAUGCAGGCCAGGAUACUGUUUAAAGAAAGCCGUUCUGUACACAGUCACCUUACAGAUAACCCAGUCAAGAAAAAGAUGGUCCCCGCUCCAAAAUCCAAACCCAAGGAGGGCGCCUGGGUCCAGAAGCCCUCCCCCUCCCCCGCUUCAGUCCCAACGGCCUGCCGUCCGGCCCCCUCCUCCCCCGAGACCAUCUGCCUGUCGGACUCCCCGGACGACGACCUGCCCCCGCCCUCCCCGGACUCCAUCUCGCACGCGCUGGCCCUGCUCAGCAGCGCCGCCAAGGGCCUGAUCCAGGACCGCCCCGCCUCCCCCAAACCCUCGCACCCGCCCCCGCCCGCGGGGAAGAAGGCCGCGCCCUCCGUCGGCUCCUCGCCCGCUCCCCGGCCCGUGUCCUCUCCCGUGGCGUUCGGGGCGCCGAAGGGCGGGGCUCCCCUCUCCCAGGCGCAGAGACACCCCCAGGCUCACGCGCGCCAGCCUGCCUUCCCCGCGCUGAACAAGCUCCAGUCCUCCAGUCCUCCGCUGCCUCCCAAGCCACGCCCGCCCCCCACCUCCUCCCCGCUCGUGCCCCCCCAGCAGAAGGCCUUCUCUUCCCCCGGGGUCAAACAGGGAAUGAGGCCCGUGCUCUCCACGCCCCCUAGUGGGCUGGACAAGGGCAGCGGUAAAGCUAGCAGCAGUAGCAAUGGUAGCAUGGGUGUACCGCCUCAGUGUAGGUCAAGCGCCCUCCCCUCUCCUCAGCCGAGCCCCAGUGUCCCUCAGACGUCGCGGCCACACCAAACGCCACACCUCAGAACGCCCCCCCAGGCCUCCCCCACGUCCUCGCCGUCCCCUUCAGCCUCGCCAGGCCCCGCCCCCGUCCCCUCCCCCUCCUCCCAAGCCAAACCCCAUCAGCAGCAGCAGUCGAGCUUCAUCACCCCAAUGCAGGUCACCCUGAGCAAGUCCUCACACAGCAGCAACCCGUCCAUCAUCAAACUGAGCCCCCGACCGCCUGCCCCCGCGCCCCCUUCUUCCUCCUCCUCCUCCUCUCCCUCCCUCCCUUCCCACUCCCACCCACAGUCCAUCCCGAACCUGCACCUGCACUCUUCCAAGAGCUCCGCCGUCCGCCCCCCCUUCCCUGUGCCAGGGGGCGGGGCUAAAAGCGGACAAGGCGGCUACGGCACCCCUGGGGGUCAGAAGGCCGUCUCCCAAGGCAACGGCAACACCAGCACCAGUCUUCCAAGCACUUCAUCUACUCCAGGUCGCCCGGUCUCAAGCCCCUCCCCUGUUGCCUCUCCAACCAAUCAUGAGCAGCGGCAAAGGACAGUGGGCGGGGCCAGCCCGGGCACUAAGCCAGUUGUGAGCCGGGCUCCUGCUCCCACUCCACCGUCCCUGCCAGUCACAUCUCAGUUAUCGCAGAUAUCGUCGGCAGGGAGCAGUCUCCUGGGGACUCCGCCCCCGUCCCUCCCCCUGGGGUUUGGAAUGCUGGGGGGACUGGUCCCCGUGUCUCUGCCCUUUCAGUUCCCGUCCCUCCUGAACUUCACUCCGCCGACCGGGCCGACGGGGGGGAGCGCCGGGAGCGAGGGCGCCACGGCAACCGGAAACAACUCAGGAUACGGCCUGGCGCAGAAUCUGUAUAAGAGCCUCCAGUCGGGGCCUCUCUCUGCACUACCCCCUCACUUGCAGCUUGCUUUCUCAGAUGUCAAUCAAAGCCAGGAAGGGGAUACGAAUAGGAAGGCUCUCUGACCCAGAUCUAUGGGAACGCAGACACGACAGGGCCACACCCACCAGGAUGACAUCACCCUGGACAAAUCAGUGCUUGGGGUGGCUCUGUUUAACUGGAUGAACAGAUGAAAAGCAGGAUGGACUUGGUGAUGAAUGCUCACUUGAGUAUGUCUGAAUGUUUUUGUACUGUAAUAUAAAUACAUUAUUAAUAAUGUCAACAAAAUGAAUGGAUGGAUGAAUGAACCUUUUCUAUUUUUUGACAAUGUUUACAUGACAGACCUUUAUCACUGUGGAAGGAGAGGUGGAUGGUAAUGUAAUGUCUGGAAUCAGUUUUAUAUGGUACGGUCCCCUUCAGUAGAUGUAAUGCAUUCUGGGAGUUAUUGUAUUUAUUAGCUACUGCCACCAAGACUUCUGGUAAAACCAGCUAGCCUGUAGUGUUUUUAAAAGACAAACAACAAUCACCGUCUCGGAGUAUGUGCAGGUUUUUUGUGCCUGUGUGUGCACUAUACUCCAGUUUCCAGGUCAGUUUGAGCAUACCCCCCCCCCCCCACCUCUUUCUCCCACUCCCUCUCUCUGGUGCUGUAUUUUACACUGGUGCAGGUGCGUGUGUGUGUGUGUGAGAGAGUAAAAGGGAACAAGUUUGUAUUUCUGCUUGAAUUCUUUUUUUUUAUACAUGUACAGUUCUUGGCAGUUGGCUUAAAAACACAAAUCAAAAAGCCUUAGCGUGUAAUAAAAAUAACUAUGCAGGGUGAUAAAUGUUUGUCAAACCAAAA